UGGAACGAUUCGCGAUUGCUGCUAGUCCCAAUCCCUACUACGUUUUUCUUUAUACUCCCAUGUUUGAUAAUUGUGGGAUUGUACACGGAAAGAGGUGCCAUAAGAGACUUAUGUAUCGCUGGACAUCGGAAAUUCACACAAUUCCUCGAUUGCUGUAAUGUAUCUGUCUUCAUUUUUUCGUUGUACCAGUUUUUAUCAUACGUAUUUUUUUUAAAUAUUUUUUGCGUAUUUUAAUGUAUCAAUUUGAUUCACUUACAAUAGCAUGAUCAAUUGCGCGAUACACUUUGUCAGAAUUUUAUUGAUCUUAAACAUGGUGAUGCGCUGAGUUUUCUCGGAUUAAUACGACUGUAUUGAUUUAGUUUAGAUUGGCCAAGUGGCUGGUUUCUGCGAAUUCAUUCAGAUUGCGUGAAGGAUACAAAAUAAUGCGAAAAUUGGUGUGUUUACUAUACUACACAGAUUCAGACACAGAAGAGAAGCAUAAUAGUAGAAAACAUAAUAUAAAAUAUUUUUGUUGUUGUGCAAUGUAGAUGUUUUGUACUAAAAGAGAAACAGGGUCGUGUCACGAAGUCGCACGUGUAUAACAACAUUCAAAAAGGUAGAUUGAAUGUCGUCGACCCCCAUUGCUUGUGCCAGAAGUGAGAUAAAGGUGCGUGGGGAGUUUGUAGGGCGGUUCAUGCAAGCUGCCGACAAGAUCGGAUAGAUUGCUGCUAUGCUACUGAGGAGGGACUCAAAGUAGGAAAGCUCGUAAGUAAUGAAUGUUACCUAAUAUAAGCACUAAGCGAGGCUGCUAACUCGUUAAGUCGCCUUGUCGAUUGACGUAUAUAGAAACCCCAGCAUCCCGUAUCAAAUGGUUAAAUGGAUAAUCGAACAGUAAGAAACACACACAUACACUGAGGUUCGCUCGACCAUCACCUAGAGGAUAAAUUAGAUAAAAACCCCAAGUACCGUGUUUACGAUUGAGUGUAAUGUUGUGAUGAGGUAGUAGGAGAUAUGGUUCUAUAGUUACUAUAAUUACUACUUAUGCUACUACUACUACUAUUGCUACCGCUACUGCUACUUCUAUUACUGCUAUUGCCACUACUACCACUCCUACUGCUACGACUAGUACAAAUUCUGUUUUCAUGUACAAGCAGCUAUCUGUUAUUAUUAUAAAGAUAUGUUUUUAUCUUUUUAUUCCCAUGGCCACGAUUUUCUUUCUGCCGUGAAAGUGACAAAGGCCUAUGGGGCUGGCAAUUAUGUUACGAGUUUGCAAAUACUAUAUGUAUUCUGUAAAUAAACCUAUUGUGCUCCUUCUGUCACUGAUUUGCAAAGUUUUCCAGUUGAAUUAAAUUGGGCGUGGGAGUGCAUGUGUGAUAGAAUGCAGAUAAAACACACCCUCAAGCCCAUUCAUUAUCUCAUACUGCUAAACUCUUGAAACACUCCUUUUUACACCUAUGGCUGUACGUUUGUUAGAUAUCCUUUGCUAAACGCCCUAUUAUUCAAAUAUGAAUACUACUGGGAGGUACUUUUGAAAAGCAACAUCCCCAAAAUCGUCUUCAAUUGGUAGUAGUAGUAGCAUGCAGGUAUAUACUGGUUUUUUGAGAUAAAAGUAAAGAAGAAACAAGGAAAAAAAUAUAGACGGUCGUGUCAUGGUGGUAUUGUGCAUGUGUUGUGUAAAUAAAAGAAUGUUAUGCUAAACAAUGUGUAUAAGAAUACCGAUGCAUCAGGCCAGCAAACUAAACCACUAUAUUGAAAACAUAUAUAAACAAUGGCCGACCAGGCGGAUAGGAUAGGGAAAAGGAAACUGCAAAACCAAACAGACUUAUAAACCCCAGCAAAGGAAGCGAAAGUACAGAGUAGUUGAAUUGAAUUUGGGUUAAGGGAUCGUAGGAUACAGCGAUGUAGCACGAAGAGAGGUUGUGUGUGAAGGAUUGAUUUGCUUUGCCUAGGACGUCCUAUAUUUUCUUAUACUGAAAAGUGUUAGAAUACGGAGGGCGGUGUUUUUUUGUGGCUCACGCUAAAGAAUGAGGGAAAAUGGUUAAAGAUGUGAGAGCAACGAACGAACAGUUAUUGUAAGUAAGCUUUACAGCUGCUCUGGCGAUGUAAAAGGAUAAAUAUGAGUGUUUAUAAAAACAGAUCCGAGUGCGAAUUGAUUGUUUUGACCCUUUAAUGGAUCAAGCUACUUUGUUAAAGCAGGCGCGAGGAGAGAAACAAGAAGGCUGUUUCAGAUUUUCAUUUGAUUGAUUGUGGCCACGGAAUACUGAUGACGAGAGCGUGUAAUAGGCCAGUUGACUGUCGGUGGUAUUGGGAAGAAUUCUUGCACACCUUAAAAGGAGGCAUCAGUAGCGAUGGUACAAUAUCAAAGGAGUAUAGUUCAAAGAAGGAAAAAUCGAGGGAACACUAGCACGAGACAAGUUCUACGACACGCUUACGAACACGAUCUAGAAUGUGAAUCAUGAGGGAAAUAAAACCAAGAUAAGGAAGGCUGAAUGAAGCAGUAGUCCUACGAGAGAAAGGGAGUGUGAGAGGAAGGAAAAUGAUGGAUUGAAAUGUUGUACUAUAUACAAAGUUUUAUGUAAAACAAACAAAAUAAUAACAAAGUGUAAGGAGUCAACUGUGAGGCGGGAAGAAGUUGAA